AUGCUGAGAGGGGAGCGCAUCUGUGUCAAGGCGGCCAACAUGCUGCUCAGCCCAUGUGCGUUCACGCGGCUCGACGACGACUGUCUGCUCCGUGUCCUAGCCUGGGUGCCGCGCUCCGACGAGGCGGCGGUGCGCGCCGGGUGCCGCCGGUUCCGUGGCGUCUCCCGCGCGGCGCUCCAAGAGGAGCGACGCCUCUGCGGGAGCAGUAUACUCACCCUCCUCGCCAUCGGCGGCACGGUGACAGACUGGCCCGAUUGCCAAAAGUACCCGCAGCGCACCCUCAUGUCGCUCAGCUGCCACGCCCUCAUCCGCGGCCAGUGGCGCGUCACUUCGAGGCUGCCCUUUGCGCGCUGUCACGCGCAAAGCGCGCUGCUGGACGGGCGGUGCUACCUCAUCGGUGGCUAUGACGAUGAAGAUGACAGCCGAUCCGACGACGAGGCGUUCGGCCCGCCCAUCCGUUGCUUAGAAGUGGGCAGCUCCCGCUGGUCGCACUUUCGCGUGCCUCCAGACCUCAUCGAUCCCGAGUCGCACUUCCGGCCCGCAGUGGCGGCGUGCUGCCACAAGCUGUACCUCUUCUUCCGGCACGACUGCUUGGUCUUCGAGCCCGCGAUGGCGGUGUGGACGCGCCUCGAGCGCUCCCCUUCGGGGACAGGGCCAGAUCUCCACCACAGCGACGAGGCUGCAUGCGAGCUCGACGGCGCCAUCUUUCUGGCGGGCGGCGGCGACGACAACAAGCAGCUGUGGAGGUUCCAGCCUGGCAAUGGCGCGUGGGAGAGGAAGAAGGACAUGCCGGGGAAAGGGCGCUCAGAUGCGGUCGCUGUGUCGGUGGGCGGCCUGCUAUACGUCAUCGGCGGCCUUCGGUACGGAAGGAACGAAGACGCGAUGCUGAUCUACGAUCCCAGUGACGAUGAGUGGCGCCGCGCGCCGCCGAUCCCCGUGCCACAUUGUGGCUACCCGAACCCGCGGCAACUCGGCUACGGCCACCUCGCGGCCACCGCGCACGAGGGCAGUGUCGUGGUCAUGGGCAGUGGGCCGCCCGUCACGUACGACCCGGCGACCGGGGCGUGGCACGAGUCGGAGCAGCUGCCGAGCAUCACGCUCUCGAUGGGCGAGUACCGCGUGGGCGAAGGGCACGACGAGAUGCACCCCGUGGCGUGCGCGUGCGCUGAGGACAUGGACGAGGACGAGCUCGAGGAGGAGGACGACGAGUACCUCGACGAGCUGGCCCGGCUGCCGAUUGAGUCACCAGCCGUCUUCUCAGUCGAAGUCGACGCGACGGCUUGGCAUCCCUCCGACGUGCCCGUCGUACCGAGCUCGGGUGUCCGUCAAGGAGCGCCUGGAGAGACGCAUCUCGCUCGUGCACGCGACCGCGCAAGCAGCCCUACGAGAAGGGAUGCAGAGGGGUGGUCGCAGUCCGUACCGGUGCGGUGA